AUGGAAUAUGUCACCUGUGGAGAUUUCCACCAACUCCUGCGGAGGAAGGGGCGUCUUGACAUCCCCAGUGCCAGAUUCUACGCCGCAGAACUUGUGUGUGGAAUUCAAUAUCUGCAUUCUAAGGGCAUCAUCCACCGAGAUCUCAAGCCUUCCAACAUCCUUGUGACUGAAACGGGCCAUAUUAAGAUUGCCGACUUCGGUCUGGCACUUGAGAACAUCUAUGGAGACCGAACAGCCACAGAAUACACUGGAACACCGGGCUUCAUGGCUCCUGAGAUCCUGGCUGCGGAGGAGUACAAUGCUGGAGUAGACUGGUAUGCAUUUGGCAUCAUCUUGAACAUCAUGAUUACCAACAGCCACAAAUACCAGCGAGGACUAUUCAAUGCCUCCAGCAAAGAGGCAAAGAACAUCAUUAAAAAGCUCCUCCGGGAAGAUCCUACCAGGCGUCUCGGAGUCAAUGGCAACAUCAGAGCCCACAGGUUUUUUCAGUGUAUUGACUGGGACUCGGUGGAAGCCCUUAGGAUGCGUCCACCACACAUUUCUAAACCACCAAACAACAUCCAGCGUGGCUCAAGACCAUUCAAUCUCCAAAUCCUGGAAGCAGCAGAGGCUAGCAACUUGGCCAUGUCAGCAAACCACCAGGCCUUAUUCACAGGGUUUUCAUUUACUAACAUCCGCUGGAAAACCCCAGACCAUCCACCAGCUCUUUAA